CCUCUACACCAUCUUCUUGCUAUCUCCUCCUUCCCCCGCUUCCCUGUACUCAUCCUCUUCUUUCUUCUUCCUCUUCUUCUCCUAACCUAAUUUUCUUCAUUUCUUCUUCUUCGUCAUUCACGCAUCACCGAAAUCGCCACACCUAUCUUACUGAAAUAGUAGCAGCAGUAACUGUAGGGAUUGCUUUACCGGGAUAAGAGGCCGCGGGGCAAGGGUUUUCUGACGAAGACCCAGAUCCGAGCAUAGAAAAGGCGGGGAAGGGUUGCAGCUAAAGGCAAACUUGUUUGAGGAUACAAGUCUGGUGAAUUUUAGUCAACAGCUACAGCUACGCUGACAGACAAACAUAUAACAGGAAGGUUUGGUCGUUUAUCCGGUUUGGCGCUUGAAUCUGGCUUUAUAGUAAAUGUACAGUGCCAAACUCCAGCCAAACUUAAAACAAACAUGCCCUAAAUGUUUGAUUCCCGUCGCUUUCGACGCCGUCUAAUCUCACAUGACUGUGAAGCGUUUGGUGUGAGUCGGUGAUUGGAGAGGGGAGAAGAAGGGGUAGAACACGCCUAAUUGCAGUAGCUUCUUAUAUUGGACUCAUUUUACUGAACAGGUUUGUGGACAUCACAUUUAUUUCUACAUGUGUAUGUUGCCUCUGGAGUCUCAUUUGACAAAGCUCAGCUCCAGGAAGAAGUGUUUUACCACUGCAUGCCUUUCUGGAUUGGGGAAUGUACAUACAAUUACCACUCUCUGACUGCUUGUUUCAGUAAAACUAGGAACAGAGUAUCGACUCAAACCAAAGCUAUUCUCAUCUUUUAAUAUAAAAAAAGAUCUGACCGUGCAAUCUGACACAUUCAAUGUGUUGUCGGUUAAACAUUGGCCCAAUGCUCAGCUUUGUGAUCAGAUGAAACUAGAAUACGGAAGAGUGGAUUCACAGUACUGAAUUGAAAACGGAGUUCUUUGCCCGAUGAGGAACUGUGUCUUUUAUCUUGCUUGAAAUCCCUGAUUUUCCCAAUUGAAAUGUUACUUGGCCAUUGAGGUGGAAUUCAAUGUGUGUGAGGUGUAAGUGAACUGAGUUUGGUAUUGUUUGGCUCACUUCGAGUUCAUUUAAAGUUCCAUUAUCAGAGUAUAAUGCUGCUCUUUUAUUUCGAGUAUUAAAGACAAAUGGAAUCCGAAAAAUCAUCAAUUGAACUUCUGCCACGCAAUGGAGAACAGGCGCUUGCUGCUCUUAGACCAUUACUUUGGGUGGUUAUCAGCUAUUUAGACCCUGGAAAAUGGGCUGCAGCUCUGGAGGGUGGUGCUCAGUUUGGUCUUGAUCUUAUUCUACUCAUGGUGGUUAUAAACUUUGUUGCUAUAUUGUGCCACUACAUCUCUGCUCGUAUAGCCAUUGCCACUGGCAGAAAUCUUGUGCAGAUUUGCAGAGAGGAAUAUGAUAAUACGGCUUGCGUUCUUCUGGGAAUUCAGGCCGAGAUCUCAAUGGUUGUGUUAGAUCUCACAAUGGUUCUGGGCACUGCCUGUGGCCUUAAUGCCAUUUCCGGAAUCAGCCUAUGUAAUUGUGUUCUCUUGUCUUGUUUUGAUGCUAUAUUAUUUCCAAUUUUCACCAACCUCCUUUGUGACUUGUGUUUUCAGGGGAAUUCCAAAGCAAAGAUCUGCAUGUGCUUGCUGUGCUUUUUGUUAUUGUUUUGUGUCUCUGGAGUUCUCAUGAAUCCACCCGAACGCUCACUCUCUGUGGGUGGACUACUUAGUGAUCUUACCAUGGAAAAUGCAUACGCGUUAAUGGCUAUUCUUGGUGCAAAUAUGAUGCCCCACAAUUUUUACCUCCACUCAUCUAUUGUUCAGCAAAAUCAGGGGCAUAGAAGUGUUUCUAAGGGGGAAUUAUUUAAUUACCAUUUUUUCGCCAUUUUUGGUGUCUUCAGUGGCAUUUUUGUGGCGAACUGCAUGCUAGUUAACUUGGCUUCCAACGUUUUCUAUAGUAGCGGGCUCACUUCACUCACCUUGCAAGAUGCAGUCUUGUUGAUGGAUCAGGGAUUCAGGAGUUCAUUAGCUUCAAUCGCUUUGAUAUUCAUUAUGCUUUUCUCCAAUCAACUGGUGGCAGCAACAUGGGGUCUUGAGAAACAAGUCAUUGCUAAUGAUUUCUUCAAGCUGAAGAUUCCCGGUUGGUUUCACUGUGCUGGGAUCAGAAUAACUACUGUCAUGCUAGCAAUAUCUUGUGUCUGGAAAUCUGGGGCUGAAGGUAUUUUUCAGCUCCUGAUAUUUGCACAAGUCAUGGUUGCUCUAUUACUCCCGUCUUCUCUGAUUCCUCUAUUUCAAGUUGCUUCCUCGAGACCAAUUAUGGGAGCCUAUAUAAUUCCUCGUCCUGUGGAAUUUGCGGCUUUAGCUUCUUUUAUUGGGAUUCUUGGGCUGAAUAUUAUCUUCAUUAUUGAAUUAACUUUUGGGAGGAGCCACUGGGUAACAAGUUUGAAGUGGAACAUUGGGACUAGGGUGCCUAUAUUGUAUCUUAUUCUUCUUGUAGCUGGUCUUUCUUCCUUAUCUCUGAUGCUUUGGCUAGCUAUCACCCCGCUGAAGUCUGCACGCUCCCGGGUGGAUAUGCAUGCAUUGCAAUGGGACAAACAGGCUGUGGUAACCGAGUUUUCCAUGGAUGGAGGAGAAACUGAAGCUAAAGAGGCCCAGCAUCAGUCAAAAAGCAUGGAGAAGUGGGAACCUGUACCGAGUUCUAGUUCUGACGUGAACUUGCCAAAAACGUUUUUGGAAUCUAGUGCAGUUAGGAAUUCGGAUGACACAUCAGUGACCACAUUUUCGAUUACUCAAUCCAUGGAAUCAGAAUCUGUUGAAGUUCAGAAGAGUCAAUUGCCGGACGAUGGUUCUCUGCAUACAGAAUUGAAAGAAGUAGUGGAAACAACACCAAAAAACGAGGGAGAUGGCCAGAUGGAGAGGGUUAACAUUGGGGAUGAAGAGUUUAAUAAAGAUGUUGUUGAGAGUAGCCAAGCUCUGGCAUCUGACGGGCCUGGAUCCUUCAGAAGUCUCGGUGGAAAAGUUGACGAUGUGGGAUGUGGGGCAGGGAGUCUGUCGACAUUAGGCCGUGCUUCUAGGCGUCAAUUAACUUCAGUUCUGGAUGAGUUCUGGGGGCAGCUAUUUGAUCGCCAUGGUCAAGUCACACCGGAAGCUAAGUCUAAGAAACUGGACAAAUUGUUUGGGAUUGACUGUAAGGUAGACUUGAAAUCUUCCCCUGCCCCUGCCCCUGCCCCUGCCCCUGUUAAAUCGGAGACUAUGAAUAUCGAACCAACGAGAUGUAUUGGAAGAGGAUCCUAUCUACGAAAUUCUACCUCUUAUAGUCCUUCAAUCCAAAAUGUUGGGCCGAAUAAUGGUGGAUUGUCUCUAGGGCUUCAGCCAGGCUCCCCGAGGUGGUCUAACUAUACGCAACUAUUGGAUUCAUACAAUGCUCUUGAAUCUAUGGAGAGGCGUUAUCACAGCGUGCAUGCUCGAUCAUCCACCCAAGGCCAAGAUAAACAGCCAGCUAUGAUUCAGGGUUUCAACAUGGCAUCUUAUAUGAGCCGAAUGGCCCAAGAAAACAGCUCUGAUUAUCUGAAGAGUCAGUUUGGUUCUGUAGAAAAAGGCUCUGAUUUUGCAAGAAGUCAGCUGAGCUCUGUAGAAAAAGGUUCUGAGAAUCUGAAAAGUCCACUAGGUUCUGUAACACAACCCUCAGCAUUCUUAGUUAAAUCGAACAAUUUGGAUCCCUACUCACGGCCUGUGGGGCAGAAGUCACAGAAUGUGCUGCGCGCACCGCCGGGUUUUCACAAUGUUCCUAUACACCGAAACAGUUCAUUAAGAUUUGAAAGGCCUUCGCAAGAGCUUUCAUCUCCUGAAUCCGUCGACUACACCAACAGGGACCCACCUGGUGAGAAGAAAUUUCACAGUUUGCCCAACAUAUCGGGACUUUACGGACCUCGUUCAAAUUCUUCUUAUUCUGGAGGUGUACAUAGACAAUUUAUUAGUCCGCAGGUGCCUGAGCAAGCUACUUUGAGCACUGUAGGAUUGGGUCGACAUGAUACAAAAGUUUGCCGUGAUGCUCUUCCUUCGCAAUUAGGUUCUAACUUCGGCACAGAUUCGCUGUGGUCUAAGCAGCCUUAUGAACAGUUUGGUGUGGCGGAUAAAUGUCAAACUCUGUUGGGAAGUCGAGAAACUCCUCCUUCUCCUUCAUUUAUGGACUGUGAAGCAAAGCUUCUUCACUCCUUUAGAAGCACCAUAAUGAAGCUUUCGAAGCUGGAAGGAAUGAGCUGGCUUUUCCGACAAAACGACGGAGCUGAUGAGGACCUUAUCGGUCGGGUGGCUGAACGGGAGAAGUUCUUGUAUGAACUUGAAACAAUGACAUCAGAUAGAAACCUCAGCUCUGCCAUGAAAGUGUCGAUUUAUGAGACCGAGCAUUCAAAGCUUAUGUCUGUCCCCAACUGUGGUGAUGGAUGCGUCUGGGGAGUGGAUCUUGUUGUGAGCUUCGGCGUGUGGUGCGUUCACCGGAUUUUGGAACUUUCGCUGGUUGAAAGCCGGCCUGAACUUUGGGGGAAGUACACCUACGUCCUCAAUCGACUUCAGGGGAUUAUCGAUCUGGGAAUCUUGAAGAAGCGGAGCCCCCCACCGCCAUGCUUCUGCCUUCAACUGCCGGAUGGAUAUGAGCAGAAGUCGAGGUCGAGCUGGCCGGUUCUGAGUAGCAACUUGCCGCCGCAGUCGAAAGUGGGUAGAGGAAAAGUGACGACAGCAGCAAUGAUAUUGGAGUUAAUCAAAGAUGUGGAAGUUGCGAUUUCGUGUCGGAAGGGACGAUCAGGCACUGCCGCCGGCGACGUCGCAUUUCCAAACGGGAAGAAAAAUCUGUCAUCGGUGCUGAAGAGGUACAAACGCCGCCUGUCUAAUGAUCAGGCAGCGUCUCCCAACGCCCACACCCAAAACUCGUCGUUGCAUUGAAUUGAUUAUUGCCCUCUCCCCUAUCUGUGCUGUCUGUCUGUGUAAUGUUGUGUGAUCGUUAUCAUAUCAUCUGAUGACAGACGACAACGACAUGUGCAGAGAAACAAGCCGAUAUAUAUAAAUGGUUUCUUGUGUGUAUCAUGUCUGUUGUGUGCCUGGCUCUUUAUGGUUAAUGAAUCAAUAGACGAAGCCAGAGCUCUGACACAGAGAUCAUUUCAGCUUCUGUUUCUGUUAUGCUCCUCUCCUUUCAUUA